GUACAUGCCGACAGCUCUAAACUGAAUGCGGUGAGGGUUGCUAUGUAUGAGAGAGUUCGGGGGGAAAGAGGAGGAAGUCGGAGAGGCAGCCAAAGCUCGCAGGAUGGCGAGAGCCAAGCUGAAGAAUUCCCCAUCGGAGAGCAAUUCCCAUGUAAAAACCGUCCCACCAGCGACGACAGAAGAUGUCCAUGGGGUGAGCCCCUUGUUACCGGCUCGGAGGAUGGGAUCCUUGGGGAGCGAUGUCGGACAAAGGCCUCAUGCCGAGGACUUCAGCGUGGAUUCCUCCUUCUCGCAGGUCCGUGGGGAGUUCUACGUGAACGAAAACACCUUCAAGGAGCGGCUGAAACUCUUCUUCAUCAAAAACCAGCGAUCGAGCCUGAGGAUCCGGCUCUUCAACUUCUCGCUGAAGCUGCUCACCUGCCUCCUGUACAUCGUCCGCGUCCUGCUCGACAACCCCGAGGAGGGCACAGGCUGCUGGGAAUGCGAAAAGCAGAAUUACACAGCGUUCAACCAGUCCACGAAGAUAAACUGGUCACACAUCUUCUGGGUGGAUAGGAAAAUGCCGCUGUGGGCUGUGCAGGUCAGCAUCGCUUUGAUCAGCUUUCUGGAGACCAUGCUGCUCAUCUAUCUCAGCUACAAGGGGAACAUCUGGGAACAGAUUUUUCGCAUUUCGUUCAUCCUCGAGAUGAUCAACACGGUGCCGUUUAUUAUCACGAUAUUCUGGCCUCCUUUGCGGAAUUUGUUCAUUCCCGUGUUUCUGAACUGCUGGCUCGCCAAGUACGCCCUGGAGAACAUGAUUAACGACCUGCACCGCGCCAUACAAAGGACCCAGUCUGCGAUGUUUAACCAGGUGCUCAUUCUGAUCUGCACCCUCCUGUGUCUCGUUUUCACGGGGACCUGUGGCAUCCAGCAUUUAGAAAGAGCAGGUGAGAAGCUCUCCCUCUUCAAGUCCUUCUAUUUCUGCAUCGUCACCUUUUCCACCGUGGGCUAUGGAGACGUGACACCAAAGAUCUGGCCUUCCCAGCUCCUCGUCGUGAUAAUGAUUUGCGUCGCCCUGGUUGUGCUGCCGCUCCAGUUUGAGGAGCUCGUCUACCUGUGGAUGGAGCGGCAGAAGUCGGGAGGCAAUUACAGCCGUCACCGUGCCCAGACAGAGAAACACGUCGUCCUUUGUGUCAGCUCCCUCAAGAUCGAUCUCCUCAUGGACUUCCUCAACGAGUUUUAUGCCCACCCGCGUCUGCAGGAUUACUACGUGGUGAUACUCUGCCCAACAGAGAUGGACAUCCAGGUGCGGCGGGUCCUGCAGAUCCCUCUGUGGUCGCAGCGAGUGAUUUACCUCCAGGGCUCUGCGCUGAAGGACCAGGACCUCAUGAGAGCCAAGAUGGACAACGGAGAAGCCUGCUUCAUUCUCAGCAGCCGAAACGAGGUGGACCGCACUGCGGCGGACCACCAGACCAUUCUGAGAGCCUGGGCUGUGAAAGAUUUUGCUCCAAACUGUCCUCUCUAUGUUCAGAUCCUAAAGCCUGAAAACAAGUUUCACGUCAAGUUUGCUGAUCAUGUUGUCUGUGAAGAGGAGUGCAAAUACGCCAUGCUGGCGUUGAACUGCGUCUGCCCUGCCACCUCCACCCUCAUCACACUGCUGGUGCACACCUCCAGAGGCCAGGAGGGCCAGGAGUCCCCGGAGCAGUGGCAGCGGAUGUACGGGCGCUGCUCGGGCAACGAGGUCUAUCACAUCCGGAUGGGCGACAGCAAGUUCUUCAUGGAGUACGAGGGGAAGAGCUUCACCUACGCCGCCUUCCACGCGCACAAGAAAUACGGCGUCUGCCUGAUCGGCAUCCGGAGGGAGGAGAACAAGAGCAUCCUGCUGAACCCCGGCCCGCGGCACAUCAUGGCAGCGUCUGACACCUGCUUCUACAUCAACAUCACCAAGGAGGAGAACUCCGCCUUCAUUUUCAAGCAGGAGGAGAAGCAGAAGAAGAAGGGUUUCGCAGGGAGAGGCACCUACGACGGCCCAUCCCGCCUGCCUGUGCACAGCAUCAUCGCCAGCAUGGGUACAGUAGCCAUGGACCUGCAGAACACAGAGUGCCGCCCUGCUAACAGCAGCAAGCUGGCGCUGCCGGCGGAGAACGGCUCCGGCAACCGCCGGCCCAGCAUCGCGCCCGUCCUCGAGCUGGCCGACACCUCGUCCCUGCUGCCCUGCGACCUGCUCAGCGACCAGUCGGAGGACGAGAUGACGCAGUCGGACGAGGAGGGGUCGGCGGUUGUGGAGUACGUGAAAGGUUACCCACCGAACUCCCCCUACAUCGGCAGCUCCCCGACUCUGUGCCACCUUUUACCCGAGAAAGCCCCAUUCUGCUGCCUGAGGCUGGACAAGGGCUGCAAGCACAACAGCUUUGAAGAUGCCAAAGCCUACGGGUUUAAGAACAAACUGAUUAUCGUUUCGGCCGAGACGGCUGGGAACGGACUGUAUAACUUCAUCGUCCCCCUUCGUGCGUACUAUCGGUCCCGCAAAGAGUUGAACCCGAUUGUGUUGCUGCUGGACAACAAGCCUGAGCACCACUUUCUGGAAGCCAUCUGUUGUUUCCCCAUGGUUUACUACAUGGAGGGUACGAUCGACAACCUGGACAGCUUGCUGCAGUGUGGCAUCAUCUACGCUGACAACCUGGUGGUUGUGGACAAGGAGAGCACGAUGAGCGCCGAGGAGGACUACAUGGCCGAUGCAAAGACAAUUGUCAACGUCCAGACCAUGUUCAGGCUCUUCCCCAGCCUCAGCAUUAUCACAGAGCUGACCCACCCCUCCAACAUGAGGUUCAUGCAAUUCAGAGCAAAGGACAGUUACUCUCUCGCCCUUUCUAAGCUAGAAAAGAAAGAGCGAGAGAACGGCUCCAACCUGGCCUUCAUGUUCCGGCUGCCCUUCGCGGCCGGGAGGGUCUUCAGCAUCAGCAUGUUGGACACGCUGCUCUACCAGUCGUUUGUGAAGGACUACAUGAUCACCAUCACUCGGUUGCUGCUGGGCCUCGACACCACGCCGGGCUCCGGCUACCUCUGUGCGAUGAAGAUCACUGAAGAUGACCUGUGGAUCCGGACGUACGGUCGCCUCUUCCAGAAGCUCUGCUCCUCCAGCGCGGAGAUCCCCAUCGGGAUUUACAGGACGGAGUCACACAUGUUCGCAACCUCCGAGCCCCACGACAUCAGAGCGCAGUCACAGAUCUCAAUCAACGUCGAGGACUGCGAGGACACGAAGGACGUCAAGGAGCACUGGGGCAUCAAGACCAGCCACCACAGGAACUCGUGCUCCAGCGACCAGUCCGAGCACCCGCUGCUGCGGCGCAAGAGCAUGCAGUGGGCCCGCCGGCUGAGCAGGAAGGGCAACAAACACUCCAGCAAGACGGCCGAGUGGAUCAGCCAGCAGCGCCUCAGCCUCUACCGCCGCUCCGAGAGGCAGGAGCUGUCCGAGCUCGUCAAAAACCGUAUGAAGCACCUGGGCUUGCCCACCACCGGGUAUGGUAAGUGCCGUUCGGUUGCGCUUCUCUGUGGUGGGGCGUCCUGCUCGCGGGCUCCUCAGGUAACCCUGUGCCGAGACUAACCCCAGGCUGAGCCUAACCCCAAGCUGAGCCUAACCCCAA